CGGGGCUGUCACACAGGUAAUGUUCCGGGGCUGUCACACAGCAUUGACAUCUUAAAUCACUUAAUAGACCUACAAAUUGUACGUUACUGAUGUCCAUACCCCUGCGAGAGGAGAGCUGUUAAAAACAGUCAAACGAAAUGUCAACAAUUUGUCACAAUUUUAUGUUAAAUAGACUAAGAAGAAAAUAAAGCUAACUUUUCGUUUGAAGACCAGACGCCAUGGCGGAGUGUUUACCUGUACAUGAAUUGGGUGGCGUGCUAAAGAUGUUGUAUACACAUUUACCUGACUCUAUGGCUGUGUACAGCCCAGUGGAGCUGGUGUCACGCGGACUGAGCGGAUAUGUCGUGUAUGUCGACAGGUUUCCAAACAUCAGCGCUGUAUUAGUGAUGCCAGACGAUGCAGGCUUCCAUAGUUCAGACCACGAGAAAAGUGUUUUUCUGUUCUCCCUUCCCCACUCGGAUAUUCAGUCUUUACUAGACAUGUCUGGAUUGCUGAAACAGGAAAACAUCACUUUUUGCGUUGUUUGGGAAGAUGUAUAUGAAAAAGUGAAGGGUGUUAUCACAAGUUGGCAAGCCUCACCAUUUACAGAAUUAGCAUCUUCUGGAAGUGCCGUUUACUAUACAGACAAUGUUCCUGAAAUUCCUGACCUACCAGGCGGCUAUACAACCAGAUCCCUCGUCCCUACUGAUUAUGAAAUGAUCAUUACUGGUGUAGAGUAUAAAAAGGCGAAUUACGUAAAAAGUGUGAAGCGAAUCCUGGCGAUGGGGACUCUGAGUGUUGGGGUGGAGGACGAAGGAUCUAAGACACUGGUAGCCUGGUCCCUACAACAGCUGUACGGUUACCUGGGAAUGACCUUCGUCCAACCAGAACACAGGAACAAAGGUCUGGGCAAAUACGUCACGACUAGGCUAGCAAGAAUGAUGAUUGACAAGAAUGGUUUCUGCAUGGCUGCUAUAGGAGGACAGAAUACUCCGUCUAUAAGCAUGCACUUAAAGCUGGGCUUUACACGGAUGAACCGGUUGUUUUACUCUGGACUAUUUCGAGCUACGGGGUUCACAACAGGCUCUAAUGUCGCCAUAAUGAGCUGCUCAUGACUGCUGGUUUUGAUACUUGUAUUAUUAUGUAACAGUUAAAAGGUACUUGUCACACAAGCAAUAUGCUUGUGGUCCUGUAGUUAAUAACAAAUUAUAUUGUUACGACAUUUAUUGACAAUUUACACAAGACAUGAAGUAGAUAAUAAGGACAUGGCAAUGAGGCUGCAAUCUGAAAUCAAUCAGUACAGCGCCGGACGAUACCUAUAGAACGCACCCAAAUGUGUCUCCAUUACUCAUAAUCAAUCCGCUAGAGUAUCAACUAAUAGGAGGAGAUAUCGAUAUGUUAGGAUUAUACAUUGUUAGGUAAUUAUUUCAGCCCCUUAAAAUUGCCUACUGCACUAAAACAAUAACCCUAUGUAUUGAUAAUUAAUUUGAAAAUGCCACAUGUGACUUCAAAUGUCCUUGUAUUUUCUAUAGAUCAAAUAAAUAACGGAUCAUACUGUACGUGAUCAGUGCAUUGCGAAACUCACUGAAUCAGACAUUGUGUCCUUGCUACUGUCGUGGAUUCCUAAUUGUCCGAGACGUUGAUACUUCCCCAAUUAACAUGUACAAAAUAUUCUCUUUAUUUUUCAACAAGUUUUAUCAACUUUUAAUCAUUCUUGUGCGUUAAUGUGAAGGAAACCGGAGUAGCCGGAGAAAACCAUUUGGUCGGGUAAGUGCCCCAAUUCCUUUAUCACGUCGUAUCAGGGAGUCGAGCCACGGCCGCCUUGGUGAAAUGCGCGGGUGCUAUUCACAGGUGACUCCGACCACUUUUAAAUUGAAUGUUAAUGUCAUAGGAGUGUAUUACUAAAUGGAAAUAGGAAGUACAUCCCUAGUUGAGAAUCCGAUGUAGGGAGACA